UAUCGGUGUGAUCGAAAUUUAUUCUGAGUGGUGUAACCCUGGUCACAGCUGCGAUUUCUAGCUGAAAAAUUUUUGGAACGAUGGCCUCCGUUAACAGAUUGGCAAUUUUGAGCCGCUCUCUCAGCUCCGCUGCCUCCACGGCACCGGUGAAGCCGCCAGUCCAGGUGUUCGGAUUGGAGGGUCGCUAUGCCAGCGCCUUGUACUCUGCUGCUUCUAAGCUGAACCAGCUGGAUCAGGUGGAAAAGGAUCUUACUGCUUUGCAGACCACCAUUAAGGGUGACAAGAAGCUGCGCGAGUAUGUGACCAGCCCCAUCAUCAACAAGAAGGUCAUGGCCACCGCUUUGAAGCAAGCUUCCGAAAAACUGAGCUUCGCCCCGGCCACUGGCAAUCUGCUCGGUCUCCUGGCCGACAACGGUCGCCUCAAGAAAUUGGACACCGUGAUCAACGCCUACAAGACCAUCAUGGCUGCCCACCGUGGUGAGGUCGUUUGCGAGGUGGUCUCCGCCAAGCCAUUGGAUGCCUCCCAGAACAAGCAGCUCGAGGCUGCCCUCAAGUCUUUCCUGAAGGGCAACCAGUCCCUGAAGAUCACCUCCCGUGUGGAUCCCAGCAUCAUUGGUGGUCUGAUCGUGUCCAUUGGCGACAAGUACGUGGACAUGAGCAUUGCCAGCAAGGUGAAGCUGUACACAGAUGUUAUUCAGUCAGCUGCCUAGACGAUAGGAUUAGCUCUUGAUUUGUGGAUAUUUCAAACUAAAAGUUUGAUAUUGGAGUUCAAGCGGUAAUUGCGAAUAAACUACAUCUUUCCCUUAGAAAAAUAA